CCGUGUUUCUCCGUUGACGGCGAGGUGAGGGAUCCCCAGCGGCACCACUCCCCCUCUUCUACCUGCACCGGAGAGAAAGAGAGAGAGAGAGACUUGAAUGGACAAAGAAAGAAGAGAGACGAGGAGGAAACGGAACGGAUGGAUGGUUGGUUGGGCGGCAUGGGCGUGCGGCGUGCCUAAAACAUCGAUCACCACUUACAGAGAGAGAGUGGAGCGAAACCUCGGGGGACAAACGGAGGAGAGAGAGAGAGAGAGAGAGAGAGAGAGAAAGAGAAGGGGAGAGAGGGAGUCGCAAGCCAGGCAAAGAAAGAGGACGAUCGAGAAAUAGCAUGCAUGCAUGCAUUGAGGCGGCAUCCCUAAUUUCCCUUGUCGAGGAGGCAGUGGUGGGCAGGUCCAAGGAGGACGGACGGAAGAGGGUUGGGAACUUGGAAAGGCUCCUCUCCCUCCCCUCCUCCCUCCCCUCCCCUCCACAAUCCAUCAUCUCCGGCUCUCUAAUUUCUCCAAGAUCGAGCAGCAAGAGGAGGAUCUGAUGCAUCACUGCAUCCACAGCCAACAAUCCAAGGGCGUGCAGUACUCCAAAUUAAAAAAGAAACACGAAGCAAAGAGGCAGAGGAAUUCCACAACUACGUAUGCAUGCAUGUCGAUGGAUCAUGGUCUCCCACUUAGCUCCUGACGUGCCGCCCUCCCCUCUUCAUGCUACAUCGAUCCAUUGAGUAAUCCAUUCCCAUUGAGAAAGUGCGACCGAGGUAGCACAGGUCACAGGGGUUAACAGCAGCUAGCACCCUCCCUCCUCUUCCUUUGAUGGGCAUUAUUCCAUUUCCAUUUCAACUCCAACAUCAACAGUGGAUGCAAUGGUUGGAAAUAGGACAUGGUUUGGAGGGCUUUUUAACAGCUCAGGCAAAAGGCGCCAAGUUAGCGCCGAGAAGAUCUUUGAGUUGACCCCUCUUCAGGAACAACGGUUGCAAAAGUUGAAGGAAAGGCUAAAUGUACCUUAUGAUGAAACUCGGCCAGAUCAUCAGGAAUCACUUAAGGCUCUUUGGAAUGCUUCCUUUCCUGAUACACAGCUCACUAGCUUAGUUUCAGAACAGUGGAAAGACAUGGGGUGGCAGGGCGUGAAUCCAUCGACUGAUUUCAGGGGAUGUGGAUUUGUUUCACUUGAGAACCUUUUGUUUUUCGCAAGAACAUAUCCGGCUUCUUUCAAGAGGUUGCUGCUGAAGCAACAAGGAAUGCGAGUCACAUGGGAGUACCCCUUUGCCGUUGCGGGUGUAAACAUCUCAUACAUGUUGAUUCAGCUGCUGGAGCUCAAAUCAGCACGGCCGAAAUCUUUGCCAGCGAUUAACUUUAUCAAAGUGUUGACAGAACACGAGGAGGCAUUUGAUGUGCUGUACUGCAUAGCUUUCGAGAUGAUGGAUGCUCAAUGGCUAGCGAUGCGUGCCUCGUACAUGCACUUCAAAGAGGUCCUGGAAGCAACAAGGCAGCAGCUGGAGAGGGAGCUCUCCCUGGAGGAUCUCCAUCGCAUCCACGACCUCCCAGCUUACAACCUCUUGCAUAAGUAGGAGAUGGAUCAGCCUAUAAAAUUGAAUUCUCUCUGCAUGUCUCCCUUGUUGAUGGAAGGAAUACGCAGUUUUGCACGGAGUCUAGCUAGGGAUCCAUACAUACACUAUGUGUCUAUGUAUAUACAUACAUACGGUACGUUGCACGUCCCUGAGCUGAGCAUACAUACGUACAUGCUAGUAACGUACUGCAUGAUUGGCUGCAUGUGAAGAGGAGCCACUUGCAUGGUUUGCUUUG